GGAAAGAGAACCAAAACACUGGCUUCCAUAUCAGCACCGCCGAUCCCUCUACUAACCCUUCUCCUCAUAAUCUUCUUCCUCCUCUACCUCUCCUCUUACUCCAACUACAAGCACCACAUGAACCAGACGUUCAUCAGCUUCAAGCUCGUCCUUCUGUUCGUUCCCGUGGCUAUGAUCUUCGCUGCUCAGCUUCUCCCCAAGUUCGAGAGGUUUGUUUUCCCACGCACCAAGGCGGAGUACUACGGCAGCUCGUCGUCGGCGGUGAAGAGGCGGCAGCUUGACCUGCCGUGGGGGAUGGUGGCGGUGGUGGUGUUCCUUCUGCUCAUGGUUUCUUUCCAGUCGUCUCUUCAGUCCAUGUGGUCGCCGGUUGUGCGACGGUCCAGUUGA